AUGAAAAGGCCCAGGCCCAGGUCUAAGUCCACAAUUCCAGGAACCAAUCCAGGUUUAAAUAUAGGUCUAGGACUAGAACUAAACCUAGGUCUAGAUCUAGGUCUAAAACUAGAACUAAGACAAGGACUAGGACUAGGACUAGGACUAAAACUAGGACUAGGACCAGGACUAGGACUAGGACUAGGACUAGGACUAGGACUAGGACUAGGACUAGGACUAGGACUAGAACUAUGA